GUUUUUCUUAGCGAUGGUAUUUCGGCUGAUAUGACAGUUCAUUCAAGUGAUACUCGUGUUGGUGAUGUGCCUGCAAAGAUUUCCUCCGAAGGUGGUCAUUCUGAGAAACAAUCUUCUCAAAUGAGAGGGCAGCAAGGUAGCGGUUAUCAUGGUCAAGGUCAAGGAAGAUUUAAUGGCUCAAAUCAACUUCAAUGUCAGUUGUGCGGCAAAUUUGGUCAUACUAUUCAAAAGUGCUAUCAUCGGUUUGACAGGGAUUUUAUUGGGGUCGUUACUAGUGAUGUUUCGAAUGGUGACGGUUGGAAGCGGUCGUUGGGUUUGAGUGUUGAUAGUCACUCGUAUCCCAAUAGAGUGCAAGCUUACACUCAUUUUGUGGCUUAUCAUUACUCUACUUAUCCGGCUGGUUUGGUAUACCCAGCUUCUCUUUAUUAUGGAGUUCCAGGUAUGUCAGCUUCCUUUUACCAUGGGUUUCCUUAUUUGUCUGGUUUGAUGGCGUAUCCAUUUGUUGCGAUGCCGUUUGGACCCUCACCUGCUGAUACCCAUUUUAGUUCGUCUACUGUGACUACACCAUCGACAUCAUUUGUUUCUGCCUUACCCGGUGCUUCUUCGGUUGUGCCAACUCAGUCUAAGUUUGUUGAUGCUCUUUGGUAUCAUGAAACUGGUACAACUCAUCAUGUCUCGAAUGAUCUUUCGGUGUUUGACUCAGGUAUUGCCUACACAGGAUGCUCAGACUCGGACCAUUCUGUUGUGAGUGAAGCUCACGGAUGAAGGGUUGUAUCAUUUGCUUCCAUGUGUGGAAAAGGAACCUCGUUGUCUUGUGAAUAAUAUGUCAAAAUCGCAAACUCUCUUGGACCUGUGGCAUAGACGUUUAAGUUAUUAUUCUAUUAAGACUGUGAAGGUUGUUAUGAAAUCUUAUAAUGUGUUUUCUGAUGCAAAUAAUUUGUCCCAAGUUUGUACAGUUUGUUUGUAAGGCAAGACUCACAAGCUGCCGUUUUGUAAUU